GGCAUUCGACAUAAAUCAAAAUUCGGCACUGAUGCGUCUUGGUUUGGCCUAUCAAUCUGGUAGGAUUUGUCCUCGUUCACGUUGGAGGCAUGUCUAAAACAAAAACAGCAAAGCGUCGAGGUAAAGUAAAAUAUCAGUCGGCGUACAAAAAAGAAGAAAAUGUACCAACCAAACGAAAUGAAGUCAAAAAUCCUAUGAAAGGACAGUGUAGACGUGGGAAUUUAACAACUGAACAAAGGAAAAUCAACAGUCCUCUUCAACCAAUGGAUGUCGUGUAUGGAAUCAUGAUGUUUAUAAUCAUGUAUCCACGACGGGUUGCUAAUGAAUACGACAAUGAAGUUUCAGAUGAUUUUUCCGUUCUACUAAACGGAUUAUGUAUGUUCGUUAUAACAGGAAUAGCCGCUUUGUACGUCAAUUGGAGAUUGAAAGGAUUUGUUAACAAGCUCAUAAUAUUUAUGACUGCGAUCUGCUUGCUUCUGGGAUGUAUUUGGCUGAUAGCUGGAUUCUUAGAAUACUACGAACUCGUGCACCAAGAGCAUGGAAUCAAUUUACAGGAUUGUCACAUACCAGGCUACAUUACGGUACCUAAGAAUGGCGUCAUUUGUUGCGCAAGUUUUAUCCUUGUUUUAUUCAUAUCUAGUUCAUUUUACUGAAUAAAAUUUACAUUUUUUAAAGUUA